UCAGCCCCAGUGGCUGCCAGACCCGCGGGAGUCCGACCAGAGUGCGCAGCGGAGCCGGGACCCUCCCUCCAACUUUCGGACCGGCCAUGGCGUCACUGCCGACACUGCUCUGCCUCUGUGUCGCCGCCGCACACCUGGCGGGGGCCCGAGGCACAACCACCCCUGAGGAGCCCACAGCAACUGCAUGGGACCUUGAAGGUCCAUCACUGCGCCCUGGCCAGCCAUCACCAGCCCUGGAAGAUUGGGAAGAGGCCAGCGAGUGGACGUCCUGGUUCAACGUGGAUCACCCGGGCGGCGACGGUGACUUUGAGAGCCUGGCCGCGAUCCGCUUUUAUUACGGGCCGGCGCGCGUGUGCCCGCGGCCGCUGGCGCUGGAGGCGCGCACCACGGACUGGGCCCUGCCAUCAGACGUCGGCGAGCGAGUACACUUGAACCCCACGCGCGGUUUCUGGUGCCUCAACCGCGAGCAGCCCCGCGGCCGCCGCUGCUCCAACUACCACGUGCGCUUCCGUUGCCCGCUCGAGGCCACGUGGGGCGCAUGGGGCCCUUGGGGUCCCUGUUCGGGAAGCUGCGGGCCAGGCCGUCGCUUGCGCCGCCGCCGCUGCCCAAGCUCCGCUGGAGAUGCAUGUCCCGGGCGUCCCUUGGAGGCGCAGAAGUGUAUAAGGUCUCCAUGUCCAGGGUGCAGCCUCAACAUUUGUGGGUGCCCUGACCACAUCCUCCUGGGCUCAGUGGUCACCCCAACUGGGCGUCCACUGCCAGGAGCCAGGGUCUCCCUGAGAGACUGGCCUGGCACUGUGGCCACUAGCAAUGCCCAUGGAACAUUCCGGAUGCCUGGAGUCUGUGCCAGCAGCCGAGUCAACGUCAGUGCCCAAAUGGAUGGCUUCUCUGCAGGCAUGGCCCAGGCCCAGGCCAACAGCUCCAUAUCUGCUGUGGUCACUGUUGUCCUUAAGAAGUUGGAAAAGCCCUACCUGGUGAAGCAACCUGAGUCCCGAGUUCGAGAGGCUGGCCAGAAUGUGACCUUCUGCUGCAAAGCCUCAGGCACCCCCAUACCCAAGAAAUACUCCUGGUUCCACAAUGGGACCUUGCUGGACAGGCGAACACAUAGGUACGGGGCCCACCUGGAGUUGCAUGGGCUUCACCCAGACCAGGCAGGCACCUAUCACUGCAAAGCAUGGAAUGAUGCAGGGGCUGUGCGCUCGGGCACUGCCCGGCUCACCGUGCUUGCCCCAGGUCAGCCAGCCUGUGACCCCCAGCCCCGAGAACACCUAAUCAAGCUUCCAGAUGACUGCAGUCAGCCGGGCAGUGGCCCCACCUACCUGGAUGUAGGCCUCUGCCCUGACACCCUCUGCCCCAGUGCCACAGGCUCGAGCCCCCGGUGUGGGGAUGCAGGCUCCCGCUGCUGCUCUGUCCGCCGCUUGGAGAGCCGGAAGAUCCGUUGCUCUGGCUACAACCUCCCAGUUAAGAUAGUGGCUGAAUGUGGCUGCCAGAAAUGUCUGCCCCGUCGGGGGCUGAUCCGGGGACGUGUGGUGGCCGCUGACUCUGGCGAGCCCUUGCGCUUCGCCCGGAUUCUGCUGGGCCGGGAACCCAUUGGCUUCACAUCCUACCAGGGUGACUUCACCCUCGAGGUGGCACCUUCUACUCAGCGGCUGGUAAUUACUUUCGUGGACACCAGCGGCCAGUUUGUGGACACUGUCAGAGUCCUGCCUUUUGACCCUCGAGGUGCAGGCGUGUACCACGAGGUCAAGGCUAUGCGCAAGAAAGCCCCUGUCAUCUUAGAUGCCAGCCAGAGCAACACCAUACCUCUCGGAGAGCUGGAAGAUGAGGCCCCCUUAGGCGAGCUGGUCAUCCCGCCAGGCGCCAUCCGCAGAGCCGAUGGUGAACCCUAUGUGGGGUCUGUGGAGGCCCGGGUGACAUUUGUGGACCCCCGAGAUCUCACCUCGGCGGCUGCUGCCCCCAGUGACCUGCGCUUCGUGGACAGUGACGGGGAGUUGGCUCCACUGCGCACCUACGGCAUGUUUUCGGUGGACCUCCGGGCCCCCGACUCCACAGAGCAGCUGCAGACUGGGCCGGUGGCCGUGCGUGUGGCUGCCAGCCAGAUCCGAAUGGCUGGCCACGUGGAGGCCCUGAAGCUGUGGUCGCUGAACCCUGACACGGGCUUGUGGGAAGAAGAGAGCGGCUUCCAGCGUGAGAGGUCGGCGGCCCAGCGGGUCCGUCGGGAGGAGCGGGUCUUCCUGGUCGGCAACGUGGAGAUCCGAGAACGGCGUCUGUUCAACCUAGACGUGCCUGAGCGCCGCCGCUGCUUCGUGAAGGUGCGAGCCUACGCCAACGACAAGUUUACGCCCAAUGAGCAGGUGGAGGGCGUGGUGGUCACACUUGUCAACCUGGAGCCCGCCCCAGGCUUCUCCGCCAAUCCCCGCGCCUGGGGCCGCUUUGACAGUGCUGUCACUGGCCCCAAUGGUGCCUGCCUCCCGGCCUUCUGCGACACAGACCGGCCGGACGCCUACACUGCCCUGGUUACCGCUACCUUGGGCGGGGAGGAGCUGGAGCCCGCCACGUCCAGGCCACGCCCCCUUCCGGCCACCGUGGGCGUGGCCCAGCCCUACUUGGACAAGCUCGGUUAUCGCAGAACUGACCACGAUGACCCCUCUCUCAAACGCAAUGGCUUCCGCAUCAACCUCGCCAAACCUAGAUCUGGCGACCCGGACGAGGCCAACGGCCCCGUGUACCCGUGGCGCAACCUACGAGAGUGCCAGGAGGCCCCAGUGACCGCCAACCACUUCCGCUUCGCUCGCGUGGAGGCGGACAAGUACGAGUACAACGUGGUCCCCUUCCGCGAGGGUGUUCCGGCCUCCUGGACUGGAGAUCUCUUGGCCUGGUGGCCCAAUCCGCAGGAGUUCCGGGCCUGCUUUCUCAAGGUGAAGAUCCAGGGCCCCCAGGAGUACAUGGUCCGCUCCCACAAUGCGGGCGGCAGCCACCCGCGGACUCAGGGCCAGCUCUAUGGGCUGCGGGAUGCCCGCAGUGUCCGAGACCCCGAGCGCCCUAGCAUGUCUGCUGCCUGCGUGGAGUUCAAGUGCGGAGGGAUGCUGUUCGACCAGCGUCAGGUGGACAGGACGCUGGUGACCAUAAUGCCCCAGGGCAGCUGCCGGCGUGUGGCGGUCAACGGGCUCCUGCAGGAUUACUUGACCCGGCACCCCCCACCUGCACCAGCUGAUGACCUGGCUGCCUUCUCCAUGCUGGCCCCGCUGGACCCUCUGGGUCACAACUAUGGUGUCUAUACGGUCACUGACCAGAGCCCAAGGCUGGCCAAGGAAAUCGCCAUUGGCCGCUGCUUUGAUGGCUCCUCUGACGGCUUCUCCAGGGAGAUGAAGGCCGAUGCUGGCACAGCCGUCACCUUUCAGUGCCGGGAGCCAGCAGCGGGCCGGCCUAGCCUCUUCCAGAGGCUACUGGAGUCCCCAUCGACAGCGCUUGGUGACAUCCGCAGGGAGAUGGGUGAGGUGGCCCGGGCACAGGCCCGAGCCUCUGUCCCCCUCCGCACCCGCCGGGGCAGGGCCCGGCAGUGACCUGGGCCCCAGCCUUGCUCUUCUGCCUUGCUCUAGACUCCUUUGUCCUUGGGAAGUCUCACCAAUGCCCCCCCCUUCUCCAGAUGUUCACUCUCUCUUCAGGUAUCUGGGCACCCUGCUCCCCUGCCCAGAGUUGAGUCAGGUCAGAUGGUGGAAAUGCCAGGCAGAUGAUCAUUGUUGUAUGACCUGAAGUGGAGUUUGUCCUGACUGUGGGAGCCAGCGUCCUGGGGGCAGGCAAACGACUGAGGCCCCCAGGGAAUCCUUCCCAGCUCACCUGCCAGCUCUGAUUUCAUGUGUUUUGACCCUGAUUUCAGAUAGUCUACUCCUUUAGAUUUCUCUGCCUAGCUGGGCACUUUACUGGGCCCUCUACCCUGAGCUUUGUUCUUGGGGUUAUUUAUUGAAACACAGGCCGCAAGGCUGGUCGCUGGUGUGAGUCAGGGGUAUAGACGUGGCCCAUUGAAGGUCUGGGGAAGAGGCUUCUUGGCUCUGGGGCUGGAGGGCACAGUUCUUACAUGUUUGGUGCUUGGAGGUUCCCCAGGGGGUCAGGGCAGGGAAUCAAUUAAAGAUGCUUCAUUUCCA